UGUGUUCUGUUUUUGUUUGGUGUGAAGAUGAAAGAAAAUAAGAGAAGGUUCUGGGUUUUGUUGUUGUUUUAGUUUGCCUUUUUGAUGGAUGAGAGCGUAGUUCAACUCAGCUUUGUGUGUUUUCUGUAUGAAUUUUCUUCUGGGUAUUGUUUGUCUGGUUAGAAAAUUGGGAUGGGAAAGAAAGUUUUGAUGAACUGUGCAUUCUGUUUUGUGUGGUCAGUGAUGGAUGGCAAACUCAAGAUAACCUUUUAAAAAAAAAUAAAAAAAAAUUAUCAAAGUUUUCUUUGUGAACUGUUUGGUUUUCUAGAAAGUUUAGGAAGAACAGGAGGAAAAUGAAACUUAUGAUAUUUUCUUAAUCUUUUUUGUUGUGGUUUUUCAAGAAUGAAAAAGUUUUUUCCAAAAGAGUCUGAGUUCCAAAUGGUUGAAGCUUCAAAUAUUUUUGUUUCCAAAUUUUUGUACAUUUUCACAGCAACCAAUCAGAGAAUUCUGUGUUGCUUGGAUUCUGAGGAAAUGAAGGAAAGAAAAGAAAAGAAAUGGUUUCUGAGUCUACAAAAAGGAAGCAUCACACCACGCCUCAUAUCAUUGUGUGGUGGAAAUUGAAUCGUGGAGCUGAUGGGGCACUUAUCCUCCAUGUUCAAUGGGCUGGCGAGGUCGUUUCCCUUCAAAAGAGGGAAGAACUCUGGGAUUUGUAGUGGAAGAGAUGCUGUAGAGACAAUGGUAAAGGAGGCAAAGAAGAAUGAAUUGAUUUUACGUAGUUCUGGUGUUGUAAAUGUUGAUGGUUCUAACAAUUUUGCCUCAGUUUUCUCUAAGAGAGGCAGGAAAGGAGUGAACCAGGAUUGCUGCAUUGUGUGGGAGGAAUUUGGAUGCCAAGAAGACAUGAUGUUUUGUGGGGUUUUUGAUGGGCAUGGAGCAUGGGGCCAUUUUGUGGCAAAAACAGUCAGAGAAUUGAUGCCACCAUCUUUACUAUCCAAUUGGCAGGAGACACUCGCUCAAACUUCUCUUGACCCAGAAUGUGACUUGGAAUCUGAUAAAAAGCAUCAUCAGUUCAAUAUAUGGAAGCAUUCCUACGUACAAACUUGUGCAGCCAUCGAUAAAGAACUUGAGCAGCAUCGUAAAAUCGAUUCAUUCAACAGCGGGACAACUGCCCUCUCAAUUGUCAGACAGGGUGACCUCAUUAUUGUUGCAAAUGUUGGCGACUCUCGUGCUGUAUUGGGUACCACUUCAGAUGAUGGAAGCUUGGUACCAGUUCAGCUCACUGUUGAUUUCAAGCCCAAUUUGCCUCAGGAGGCUGAGAGGAUAGUUCAGUGCAAAGGGCGAGUGUUCUGUCUAAAUGAUGAGCCAGGGGUGCACAGGGUCUGGCUGCCAGAUGAAGAAUCACCAGGACUGGCAAUGUCUAGAGCCUUUGGUGAUUACUGUGUAAAGGGCUUUGGACUAAUUUCUGUGCCAGAGGUGACACAGAGGAAUAUAACUAGCAGAGACCAAUUCGUCGUGCUUGCAACUGAUGGGGUAUGGGAUGUUAUCUCCAACGAAGAAGCUGUACAAAUUGUAUCUUCAACACCAGACAGAGCCAAGUCAGCUAAACAUCUGGUUGAGUGUGCUGCACACGCAUGGAAGCGCAAGAGGCAGGGAAUUGCAAUGGAUGAUAUUUCAGCUAUAUGUCUCUUCUUUCACUCUUCUUUGCAAGUUCAUCCUGUUACUACACAAGAAACGUAAUGUAAAUGUCAUGUUGAUUCCUCUUUGCACUUCAAUGUAAUCUUGAUUUGAGCUAAUCUAUUGGAAAGAUUUCAUGCUGA